AACCUAUCGAAUUAUACAAAAACAGUCACAUACUUGUUUGCAGAUGAUUGCAUAUGUUGCAGGUGGAUAUAAGUUUUGGUUAAAUGAUUGGAACAUCAGUCAAUCAAUUUAGAAAGUAAUAUAAUCUAUAUUUUUUCUUUUUGUUAAUUUCUUUUUUAAAAAAAAAGUGAAAAAUUUCGUAUAAACAUAUGCCGAAUUUCAAUUAUUAGUGUAAAAGUUUUGCUUUAUGUUUAUUUCAUAAUGGAACAGUGAUAGCACAUGAAACGAAUGGAAGAUGCAUGUGAGUGGUAACAUCCUCUUUCUGCAUGGCCUGCAAAUAGUUAAUAGUGCCGAAAACUUUACAGCAUAAUAAAUAUUCUCCAUCAGCGGUGCAAUUUGCUCCACCAAGUCUAAUCCAAUAGCGAGAAGAAACAAGCUAGCAGCCAUGAUGAUGAACACCCGACCAUUGAAGAAGACGACAUCAUUUCGCCUGAAGAAGUCACCUUUAAUGGAAUUCCCAAAUCACCCUCCUCGCCCGACCACAUAUCCCCCCAAAAGUCAAUCUCUGGUUGAAUUCCCUACCUCUCCUCAACUUAUAUUAGGAGAACAAAUACUUCAUUUUGGUCACCCCCAACACCCGUUGUAUCAGGUUGAACUAUCUGACCUCUUUACCUGCUCAGGCUGCAAGGAAUACGGUUCAGGUAAGAGGCUGAUCUGCCAACAAUGCAAUUUUCAGUUACAUGAGUUCUGCGGAUUUGCUUCUCAACAGCUCAACACCCAUCCUCUCCAUAUUCAUCACCAACUUUUAUUUGCUUCCAAACCAGUUAAAGGUGGAAUCUUAAAAUCCAAGUGUGAUGUUUGUGGAAAAUCUGCCAAAGGGUACAUGUUCAGAUGCAACGCUUGUAGUUAUCAGAUGCAUCCUUGCUGUGCUAUGUUGUCUAAUGAAAUCAACAUCUCUGUCCAUCCACACCCACUAAAAAUCCUCCCUGCGAUGAGCUCACCGAACGGGGACCCUGUUUUUGUAUGUGGAGAAUGCAACAGGGCCAAGAGAUCAGGUCGAGUUUUUCGGUGCACAGUCUGUGAGUAUCAUCUGCACGCAGUGUGUGCGAAGAAUAUGGUAAAUGGCCUUCUAGCCAAUGGGUUCAAGGGCGUUGAAAAGCCCAGCAUGCUUGGAACUGCAGCAAGGCUUGCCUCUCAGGUCAUUAUUGAAUUUAUCGGAGGUCUCAUAGAAGGAAUCGGUGAAGGGGUUGGAGAAGCCUUUAUUCAAAGUAUUGCAAGAGGAAGACCUAGAAGACCUCCGACUCCAUCUUAAAUGAAUUUGCAGUCUAAAAUAAGCUUAUUUCAACUCGCUGAUAUAUAUAUAUAUAUAAAAAAAAAGUAAUUAUUUAUGUCACUGUUUAUAGCUGAGCGGAUUUCAGUUGUAGGUUGAUGAUACAAAGUGUGUAUGUUGUGUGAUUACCCCCAUAAUUAUGAUUGUAUAUUUGGUGUCAAAUAAAACUUAAUUAUUUAUAUUUAUUAA